AUGAAGUUUGUUGCGUUCGUGGUUGCAUCAGUUUUAGCCAUUUGCCAUGGAGGCGUAUUAAACGAUGAACAAAUGGCUAAGGCCAUGAAACUCCACGAGGAGUGUCUGAAAGAGACUGGAGCGGAUCCGGCAAUUUGCCUGAAAGCAAAGAACGGCGAGUUCGUUGACGAUCCGAAAUUGAAGGAGCAAAUUCUGUGCUUCAACAAAAAAGCUAAUUUCCAAAACAGCGAUGGAAAAUUCAACAUAGACAUCAUCAGGUCCCACAUAAAUCAGGUGCUCAAAGACGAAAAAUUAACUAACUCUCUAGUGGAUAAGUGCGUGAAAGAUUUGGACACACCACAAGAAAGUGCAUUCCAAGCGGCGAAAUGUUUAUAUCCUUCUGAACAUAAGCUUUGAGUAAUUCGAUGUGUGAGGCUGUAGAAAAAUGAAAAUAUUACUAGAAUAAAUGUAUUUGAUUA